AUGAGUCCGACGAGUAUGGCGACGCUUUGGGCGCGCAGUGUCGCGAGUGAUAUCGAGUCCGUGCCCUCGACGUUCUCGAGUUGGGACAAGUGUAUGUCAAAGGCAUACUGCAAAUGGCCCGUUAUCGUCGGCAUCAUCAUCGGCUCCGUCAUCCUCAUCGGUAUUAUAGGAUGCAUCAUCAAUUGUCUCUGCUGUGGCUAUCAAUGCUGUAAAUGCUGCUGCGGAUGCUGCUGUCCUUCUGGUCGGCGCAGAAAUAAGCAACCCAAGCAACCAAAGCACUACGACGAGCCAAUCUCUUACAACCAACCACCUCCUCCUCCACAAUUCAACCCUCAUACCCCAUAUACACCCUCCCCCGCACCCCCUGUAUACCGCGGCGCCAUCCAAACGGCAACCUUCGAUAACCCCAAAUCCCCCGGGGCAAAGGUCGACGAGGAUGCUCUCCCGGCUAUGCCCACCUGGGCCGGGGCCGUCGAUAAGCACGUCGAGGACCCCUCCCACCGCGACGAAGUGGAAAUGGAACCUCUGAACCCGCAAGGCCAUCCGGAUAGGACACAAGGUGCCUCGCCCCUACACGUCGCAACAUCCCCCUCGAAUUACCCACCAGACCGUACCGGAUCCGCGCCCGGAUACAGGGGCUUUACACCAACGGAUCCCUACGCCCGCCGCUCCCCAGGUCCAGCCGCUGCCCUCGCCGCAGCGCAAGAUCCCUACGGCCGCCGUUCGCCAGGCAUGGCAACCCCCGCCCGCGCCGCGGACCCCUACGCGCGCCGCUCCCCAGGUCCCCAGGCAAUGAUGGAUCCCUAUGGCCGCCGCUCCCCGGGUCCAGCAGCUGCCUACGGCGCUGCGCAAGACCCCUACGCACGCCGUUCCCCGGGCCUUGCAUCCCCUGUCAGCGCACCAUCCCCUUAUGACCAACACAACUACAACCAGCAAGGCUACGACUACCAGCAACAACAAGAGCCGUAUGAUGAAUACCACAACGGUACCGGUGCUGGCGGCUACCACGCCGUGACCUCUCAGUCACCGCUAUCAUACCAACCACAGACAACAACCUACAAUGCCAUGCCGGCAUCUUACUCGCCCUCCCCCGAGCAUGCGCAUAACACCCCCGCAGGCUUCCAGCGUCAACCCUCGUUCGGGUCGAGUCAGUACCCGCCAACGUAUACCUCACAUCCAGCCUCUCCACCACCCCCAUUCCAGUCUACCGCGGGGUCGGAGUACGGGGCCCAUGAAUAUGCGGCCGGUGUCGGUCUUGCAGUCGGUGGUGAGCCCGGAAGGGAGAGGCCACCGAGUUUGUUGCAGAGUGGGAGGAGGCCCGCGCCCGGGACGUACAGGGCCGUCUAG